AAUAAUCUGUAAUUUGAGGGUCCAAAAUGCAAAUUACCCAUUUUCUGGUUUCAUUUUGAGCAAGUUAAAAAUCAUUUUAACGAGAACCCAUCUAUCUUCCUACGAAGCUUCUGCUGCAUAAAUCUCUCUCACUCCUCUGCCACCAAAACGAAACAUCGCAGCAAUUUCUUGCCGCAUAAACAAACCCUAUAACAAUGGCGUUUUUCCCACCCCACAUUUAUCACUUUUUCCCUAGCAAAGAAUACCAACCGUCGAUUCAGUUUUGCUUUUUCUACCCAUUAGAUCUAAUAUGGCUGGAAUGCUCCCCGGAGUUGAAUCUGCGAGAAGAAGAAGGUUUCACCGGAGCUGUCUCGACAACAGUGGCGGCGACGGCGGAUACGGCGGCGGCGGAUCCACCAGGCGAUCGUCGUUCUGUUUAUAUGUAUCCAAUUGCAAUGAACUCAUCGUCGGUUCACCCUCUUCAAUGGAGAGGAAUUCCAUAAGAAAGGGAGUGUUUGAUGAUGCGAAGCUUGAUGCAGCGGCAAGUGAAGCCAAGAAAAGAUUGGAUCACAAGCUGCAAACCCACUGGAAAUCAGAAAUCAAAAGGUUUCUGAAUCUGUGGACUGUGGGAAUCAAAUCAAAAUUGAUUAAAAUGGAGAGAAUAGUGGUGGUGGUGGAAGAGGUGGAGGUAGCCAGAACCGCCCUCCAAUGGGCGCUCGCCAACAUUCUCCGGUACGGCGACGUUGUUACUCUCCUUCACGUAUAUCCGGCGGCGGCAUCCAAAAAUAAGAAGAAGCUCCGCCGCCUCCGCCUCAAGGGCUUCCAGUUAUCCCUCUCCUUCAGUAAUAUCUGCGACGCCUUUCCCAACACGAAGACUGAAAUUGUUGUGACGGAAGGCGACCAGGAUGGACGGAGAAUUGCCGCCGUCGUUAGAGAGAUCGGCGCCUCCACUCUUGUAUUGGGGCUUCAUGAUCGGAGCUUCCUCUACAGGUUGAUAAAUCUCCAAAACAAUAGUACGAGGAAUAUUAAUUGUAAGGUUCUUGCAAUUAAGGAGCCAACUACUAGCGUGGUGGCAUCGAGAACUAUUUCGGUUUCGACUACGAUGGAUUUCUCACAAAUUGAAGUAUCUCACUGUCUGAAUCUGUGGUAUUCAUCAAUGGCGGGUAUGCUACCUGGAGUUGAAUCUGCAAGAAGAAGAAGAUUCCACAACAGCAGUAAUUUCACCUCUCAUGAGCUGUCUUCCAGUACUUAUUCCACCUGGCGCUCUUACACAACCACCACCCAUCACUUUCAUUCUAAUUCUUCCGCCACGAGGAGUUCAUUAAUAAGGCAGCAGGGAUUGUGUGAUGACGAUAGCAGGCUUAGUGCAGCUGCUAUACAAGCCAAGAAGAGGUUGGAUCUCAGGCUUCAUUUACCACACACCCACAGGAUAGAUCAAUUCAGAAGUACGAAUACAGAUCAUGAGCAAGAGAGGCCGACUCGAUCUUCGAUUAAUAAUAGGCCGCCGACGAAUUUGCAAGAUGAUAAUCAAGUACUUCCUAAUAAAUUGAAGAGAAGUGGAUCGAAGAGGUUGAAUUGGUUGAAAAUGAGCUGGAAAUCGUCGGAGCAAGACGAGUGUGCGGUGUGCUUGGAGCAGUUCGUCAAGGCGGGCGGCGGCGGAACCCUAAUGCAGGUGCCGUGCGGGCAUAGGUUCCACACCAACUGCUUGAUGCCGUGGUUGGAGGCCAAUGCUCACUGCCCUUGUUGUAGAAUGGAAAUCCCUUCUUCAAAAUAAUUUAAUUAAAUAUAUCAAUAAAUAAAUAAUAUAAGAAAGACGUCUCGAUGGCAAAAUUGUAAUUUCAAGUGUCGCAUGUUGUCGCUCCUCCUCGGUCGCCAUGUUUCAGUUUUAAAUGCAAUAACUUUGCAGACAUAGCAUUUUUUUCUCUUCUUA